ACAGGGGGCCCUGAAAGUCUGUUGGGGGCUGGUUAAGUGGAUCCCAGCGCAUCCUCAAGGGAACGCUGUGCAGCCGGUGAAAGACCGCGGCCACCUCCGUGCCUCCGCAGAGAACCGUGUCCACGACGUAAAUCAGGAAUCGCUGAAGAUGGCAGAGGCUCACCAGGCCGUGGCCUUUCAGUUCACUGUCACUCCAGACGGGAUCGACCUGCGGCUGAGCCAUGAAGCCCUUAAGCAGAUCUAUCUCUCUGGACUUCAUUCCUGGAAAAAGAAGUUCAUCAGAUUCAAGAACGGCAUCAUCACUGGUGUGUACCCGGCGAGCCCCUCCAGCUGGCUGAUCGUGGUGGUGGGCGUGAUGUCAACGAUGUACGCCAAGAUCGACCCCUCGUUAGGGAUAAUCGCAAAGAUCAAUCGGACCCUCGACACGACGGGCUACAUGUCCAGCCAGACGCAGGACGUGGUCAGCGGCCUCCUGUUCGGUACGGGGCUCUGGGUGGCCCUCAUCUUUAGCAUGCGCUACUCCCUCAAGUUGCUGCUCUCCUACCACGGCUGGAUGUUCGCUGAGCACGGCAAGAUGAGCCGCGCCACCAAGGUCUGGAUGGGUAUGGUCAAGAUCUUUUCAGGCCGAAAACCCAUGCUGUACAGCUUCCAGACAUCUCUGCCUCGCCUGCCGGUCCCAGCUGUCAAAGACACCGUGAGCAGGUAUCUGGAGUCGGUGAAGCCUCUUAUGAAGGAAGGAGACUUCAAACGCAUGACGGCACUUGCACAAGACUUCGCUGUCAAUCUCGGACCAAGACUGCAGUGGUAUUUGAAGUUAAAAUCCUGGUGGGCUACAAAUUAUGUGAGCGACUGGUGGGAAGAAUACGUCUACCUCCGAGGACGGGGGCCGCUGAUGGUCAACAGCAACUACUACGCGAUGGACUUUCUGUACAUCACUCCGACUCACAUUCAGGCAGCAAGAGCAGGCAACACCGUGCACGCCAUCCUGCUUUACAGACGCAAACUGGACCGGGAGGAAAUCAAACCAAUUUUUGUUUUGGGAUCCACAGUUCCACUCUGCUCUGCUCAGUGGGAGCGAAUGUUUAAUACUUCUCGGAUCCCAGGAGAGGAAACAGACACCAUCCAGCACAUGAAGGACAGCAGACACAUCGUCGUGUACCACGCGGGGCGCUACUUCAAGGUCUGGCUCUACCAUGACGGGAGGCUGCUGAAGCCCCGAGAGAUUGAGCAGCAGAUUCAGAGGAUUCUGGACGACCCGUCGGAGCCUCAGGCCGGGGAGGCAAAGCUGGCGGCCCUCACCGCGGCAGACAGAGUACCCUGGGCCAAGUGUCGCCAGGCCUACUUUGGACGUGGGAAAAAUAAGCAGUCUCUUGACGCCAUUGAGAAAGCAGCAUUCUUUGUGACCUUAGAUGAAACCGAAGAAGGUUAUAAAAAGGAGGACCCGGUCACAUCAAUGGACAGCUACGCCAAGUCUCUCCUGCACGGCAGAUGUUUUGAUAGGUGGUUUGACAAGUCGUUCACGUUCAUCGUCUUCAAAAACGGCAAGAUAGGCAUGAACGCAGAGCACGCCUGGGCCGACGCACCCAUCAUCGGGCACCUUUGGGAGUAUGUCAUGGCCACCGACACCUUCCAGCUGGGCUAUGCAGAGGAUGGACACUGUAAAGGGGACACCAACCCAAAUAUCCCAUACCCCACCAGGCUACAGUGGGACAUCCCGGAGGAAUGUCAAGAGGUUAUAGAGACCUCCCUGAACAGUGCAAAUCUUCUCGCAAACGAUGUGGAUUUUCACUCUUUCCCGUUCAAUGCCUUUGGUAAAGGAAAAAUCAAGAAAUGCCGAACCAGCCCAGACGCUUUUGUCCAGCUUGCCCUCCAGCUGGCUCAUUACAAGGACAUGGGCAAAUUUUGCCUCACGUACGAGGCCUCCAUGACCCGGCUCUUCCGAGAGGGGAGGACGGAGACGGUGCGCUCCUGCACCACCGAGUCCUGCGACUUCGUGCUGGCCAUGGUGGACCCAGCGCAGACGAUGGAACAGAGGCUGAAGUUAUUCAAGAUGGCAUCUGAAAAGCACCAGCUCCUGUACCGCCUUGCCAUGACAGGUGCUGGCAUCGAUCGCCAUCUCUUCUGCCUUUAUGUGGUGUCCAAAUAUCUCGCUGUGGAUUCCCCUUUCCUUAAGGAAGUUUUAGCUGAGCCUUGGAGAUUAUCGACCAGCCAGACACCUCAGCAACAGGUGGAGCUGUUUAACCUGGAGAAGAACCCAGAGUACGUGUCCAGCGGAGGGGGCUUCGGACCGGUUGCCGAUGAUGGCUAUGGUGUGUCCUACAUUCUUGUGGGGGAGAACCUCAUCAAUUUCCACAUUUCUUCCAAGUUUUCUUGCCCUGAGACAGAUUCUCAUCGCUUUGGAAAGCACCUGAGACAAGCAAUGAUUGACAUCAGUGCUUUGUUUGGGCUCAAUUCUAAUUUCAGAAACUAAUUCCAUUAGAGAUGCUGCAAGAGAGAAUGAACUCUUCUGAUACAAACCAAAUGAAAAAUAGGUUUUCAUCCUAAUUAUAGUUCAGGAUAAAAAAUUGCUCUUAAAAAACUCAAGAAGUUUUCCUUCCAUAAAGGGUUAGGUGUUUUGUUUUCCUAGAACGUAGGCUCCACCGUGUGAAGUACAGCCCUGCUACUCCCAGGUCUGUCCUCACCUGGGGAACAUCUGAUAUAGUCCCCCUGAAGUCUUUGCAUCGGCUCGUAUUUACGAAGGGAUUAAAAUAUUGUUGAGUUAACUUAGGGAUUAGUGGGGUGUGGCUUCACACACAUUGGAACUGGAAAUGGCACCCUUUCUCAGUGGUCACUGGAUAUCUGGUACUUAAGGGCAUUUAACUUCAUAAGAGCAGUAUAAACAGCUGUUUUGUUAAAAGAAGAAAUUGUUCAAGUUGGCGGUGUUAACAUUCAUACCUAACAGACAUGUAACGCACUAACCAAAAAGUCUGUGCUUCUGGGAACAGGGUGUUGUCACUGUGGGUAACUCUGUCAUCUGUUUUGGUAGCCUGUGUUUGCCUCUCCAUGUUUGCAGCUGGCAGUAUGACACGUCUUUGGUUUUACUGACCCUGCUUGUCUUCAAAAUCCAGUGCCUUAACAGUGAAAGUCCCUAAAUGUAAGGAAGAUCCUAGGAAAGAUUUAUUUUGUGAAGUCUUUGAGUGGAAUUUUGGGUAUAUUGUUCUCUUUUCAAUUUACUGAGUAUGGAUAACCCUAAAUAAGCAUUUGUUCCAGUUUUCCCCUUCCCCUAGAAUGACCAAUUCCCUUAUAGGGGCAGGAUUCUUCUGAUUGGACUGUGUUCCUGUCAUUGUUAAGCAGCAAAACAAAUAACAGGCAUGUGUCAGAAAAGGGAACAAGUAUGUGAUGAUCAAAUACUAUGUGUCUGGAGAAUUUACUGAAGAAUGAAAUAUACUAUGUGCCUCAGGGUUACUGCUUGCCCAAACUGACAGUAAGGACAGCAUGACUGGCCACUGAGAAAGGAACAGAACCUGAGAAAGGGGGAGGGCAACUAUGCAGGGAUCAGGAGAGUGCAGCUCUAUGACACCAGUGCGAUCAUUUCUGAUCCCCCGUGGUGACAGAGAAGACCUUCCCUUGUUUCUGGAGGAGCUGGAGAUAGAUGGAGACAGUGUGCUGUGUCAUCUUGGCAAGAGACUGAAUGUCACAAGUGACAGGUGCUAGGUGAAUACAGCCUGUCCUCCCAAUAGGAGUGCCUUUAUCGAAAGCAUCUGAUUGACCACAAAGCGACUGUGCACUGAGUCCUCUUCAGUAGUCCAUGUAAAAGUAAAGCAUCAUGGAAUGAAAUUCCCACUGCCCGCGGGCUGUCCUGACAAGCUUCGCUGUCUGUUUUUUAAAUCAUGUAUUUAUUUUUCUGACCACUCUGUUCCAGCUGGGCUUGCCUCCUUCAGAGUUCUGCACUCCGACAGUACAAAAGCAGCGAGGGCUGAACUCUUGGAGUAGACAGAAGAUGCUUGCUGAAGACCACAUGCAUGUUUUAUUUAUGUAUAUUUUGUAAUGUAAAAAUCCCACCUAAAUGGGCCAAAGAUUUUCUUUUCUCUUAAAAGCAAGAAGAAAUAAAAACAAAAGACAAAAGCAAAAACAAAAAACAACAGUAACAAAACCCUGAUCGUCCGUAAAGUGUACAGUCAAGCAAGUUUGGGGGGAAACAGCCCUCUCUGCCCAGGACAAGCGUAGCUUCCAAGCAAAAGCUGGCAGCCGGUACCAGUGUCUAUCAGAGCCACCUCAAUCAUGCACUACUGACCACUGACCAAUCUCUAUUACCAUAGUGUUCACAUGUGAAUUCGAGUGUAGACGUGUAAGUGUUUAAAACACAUUUGGGUUCAUCUCUCAGGUUUUAAAUGUUUCAAGUGUAUUUGUUGCUAAUCAGUGCAGUUAUCAAUGCAAUUUUAUAUUCCUUAAAAGGAGGAAGAAUGGUUUUUUAUUGUACAUGCUGAAAAGGGGAGGUAAGAGUAUUAUGUAUUUAAUUUAAUUUGGAAUAAACCAUAGUCUUAAUGCAGCCGUGGUUUGAAAUUGUUACCUUGGACUGUCCAGUGCAUGUAAAUACAAUAUGCUGUUUGGAUGUCGAUCUUAGAAAUGCCUGGUGUGAA